CCGCCCACGACCGCUUUCAGUUUAGCUACGUUACUUCAUUGGAAAGAAGAGUUGUCAAGUGAAUGAAGAAAGCCCUCCCAGAACCAGGAUGUUGUUUUUGGCCAAGUUAGGCCAAACUGGAGCCCGACGAGUUGUGACUCGAGGGAGAUUUACAAGGGAUGGCAGGUGCCUGUUUACCGGUUUGCUAGAAUUUGUCCCCAGGACCAGAAACAUGGGCCAUUCCUUCUUCUGCGCCUCCUCAAACCAUUACAGAUGCUUUAGUGCCACAGCUGCUCAUUUGAACGCUUCAUCAUCACCUACAGCCAAUCAGAAAACACCGUCCUACAGUUAUAUCAUUGUUGGAGCAGGGUCAGCGGGCUGCGUCCUUGCCAACCGUCUCAGUGAGGAUACCCAUGAGUCUGUGCUGCAGCUGGAGGCUGGGCCUAAGGACAUGGUGUUAGGCAACUUACGACUCUCAUGGAAGAUCCACAUGCCAGCUGCGCUGACCUACAACCUCUGUGAUGACAAGUAUAACUGGUACUACCACACUUUACCUCAGGCCCACUUAAACAACCGGGUGAUGUACUGGCCAAGGGGCCGUGUCUGGGGCGGGUCCUCUUCACUCAACGCCAUGGUGUACAUUCGUGGACACGCUGAAGACUACAAUCGCUGGCAGACAGAGGGGGCAGAGGGCUGGGAUUAUGAACACUGUCUGCCUUACUUUAGGAAAGCUCAGUGUCAUGAGCUGGGAGAAAACAGGUACCGGGGAGGCAGCGGACCUCUUCAUGUGUCCAGAGGGAAGACCAACCAUCCCCUUCACAAAGCUUUCAUUGAAGCGGGGCAGCAGGCAGGAUACCCCUUCACUGAUGACAUGAACGGACACCAACAGGAGGGCUUGGGCUGGAUGGACAUGACUAUUUUUAAAGGAAAGAGGUGGAGCACAGCGAGUGCCUACCUGAGACCUGUCCUGGGUCGGCCCAACCUGAAGACAGAGGUGCACUGCUUGACCACCAAGAUCCUGUUUGAUGGCAACCGCGCCGUGGGUGUGGAAUACACACAGAAAGGACUAAAGAAAAGGGCAUUUGCAGAUAAAGAGGUGAUAUUAAGUGGAGGAGCCAUCAACUCCCCUCAGCUUCUCAUGCUGUCUGGGGUGGGAAACGCUGAUGACCUGAAACAACUCGGCAUCCCUGUAGUUCAGCACUUACCAGGUGUUGGCAGUAACUUGCAGGAUCAUUUGGAGCUGUACGUCCAGCAGCAGUGCACGCAGCCUAUCACCCUGUACAAGGCCCAGAAACCUUUCCACAUGGUCAAGAUAGGCCUGGAGUGGCUCGCUCUGUUUACUGGUUACGGCGCAACAGCCCACUUGGAGAGUGGAGGGUUCAUCCGCAGUCGGCCACACGUCACACACCCCGACAUCCAGUUUCACUUCCUGCCCUCGCAGGUCAUCGACCACGGACGAGUUGCCUCCAAGGUUGAGGCAUAUCAGGUUCAUGUCGGUCCAAUGAGAAGCACCAGUAUCGGCUGGAUAAAGCUGAAGAGCGCCAACCCUUUGGAUCACCCAAUUCUCCAGCCAAACUAUCUCUCCACCGAUAUUGAUGUGUGGGAGUUCAGGGAGUGUGUCAAACUCUCCCGAGAGAUUUUCACCCAGAAGGCCUUCGACCCGUUCCGUGGUCCCGAAGUCCAACCCGGUCCUCAGGUCCAAUCCGACGCCGACAUUGACGCUUUUGUCCGGCAGAAAGCUGACAGCGCCUACCACCCGUCCUGCACCUGCAAGAUGGGCUCGCCAUCCGACCCGAUGGCGGUUGUCGACUCGAACACGCGCGUCCUGGGGCUGGAGCGGCUGCGUGUGGUCGACGCCUCCAUCAUGCCCAGCAUCGUCAGCGGCAACCUAAACGCUCCGACCAUCAUGAUGGCAGAGAAGGCUGCUGACAUCAUCAGAGGACGCCCUCCUCUGGUUGACCCCGGGGUUCCCGUGUACCGACCGCCGACACUCGACACACAGAGAUGAACAGAGAGAGCGAGUAAAGGGUAAACACAAUCCCAAAUCAACAAUCCAUUAUCAAGCAACAACAGCAGUGAACAGUGAAUUGUGUUAUAAUUAUUUUUGCUUGGAUCUGAUAAUACCGUUGAUUUUAGCAGUUUACAUGUAAAAUUCAGUUUUUCAGUGGCUUACUUGGAGUCUUCUGAUUAGGAAACAGAGGCUCUCUCACUUGUUAUUUUCCAUCUCAAGUAACCUUAAAGCUAAUGUGAUUUUAGGGACCGUUCAUUGUCAUCCAAUUUUUUAAGUCUAAGGGGCAGGGUCACCCAACUUUUGUAUUCAUGAGAACAGCAAAAUUUCAAAGUGGCUUGUUUGG